CUCAGCUCACAGCAUCAGCUACAUCAUCAAUCCCUCAGCUCCUGCCUCAGCUCCUGCUACAACAACAUUUCAGCACACAGUUCCAGCAGCAACAAACAUUCAGCUCCAACAAAACAGCAGCAGCUCAUCAGUUUAGCAGAUCAGCAGAAAUAAAGACCAGAACAACAUCAACAAGACACCAAGAAACUGAAUGUUCCAGAUCAGUCCAGAAAAGUGCAAUGCAAUCAGAGCAGAUUAUUCAGACUGCACACACCAAUUACCAAGAUACCAAGCCAUCAAUCAUGAACAGUCAGAUCAGAAUAACUGACUCCUCCCACAAUGCAGACAAUUAUCAACUUAAUCAUGCCAAUACAGGCAAAUCAUCAGUCAUGAAAAAUCUGAGCAACCACAGACUGCCCAUCAAGACACUAAUUCAUUCAGCUCCAUUCCUUUUAUCAAACACAACCCUCCUCUUUAAUCUAGCAGCAGGUAACAUGCCCUGGUCCUUCUGUAAAAGUAAUCUCCCAUCAAAAGGCAGCAGCACAUCAUUCUCAAAAAACUCAUGA